AUGCCGCUCUUUCAUGCUAACACCUUUCUCUUUAAUCCGCAGCAGCCAACACCUUUGCCUCUCGAGGCAAUCUGCCAGUGUAUCGCAAUGGGUCUGGUUGAUGCCGUCAACAACGGAGCUCAUGCAAGCAUUAGCGUUCACGUCCACCCAAAUUACGUGGUUUCGAAUGGAGACCUCGCAUUCUUGGAUGGAGUAGAGGGCACAAUCGUGUCGAAGUCUAUGCAUCAUUUGGUGCUUGUUUCUGACCAAGGAGGAUGCCACGUUACGGUUCAUUUUGUUGGCGGUGGCUCUCUUUUUGCUGUUGCUCAUGCGGUCGAUUCCGAAGUCGAUUCCGAAGUCGACCCCCAAGAAGACACAGAAGAUGACUAUGGAACAGCUGACAAUGAAGACGACGGAGGAGACGAAUACAAUGGAGACGACAGCAGCAGCGGAAGCAGCACUCGGAUGGAUCCCAACAAUUUGAAUGAAUCGAAUGCGUCUUCCGAUUUUGAUGGCACUUACGGUGGCUUUAGCCAGCUCUCCAUCUAA